ACCUGUGACAUCAAGAUCAAGAACGUCAACAACAACACGUGUGGCCGCCUCGUCUCCCUCCCUCGCUCCUCACAAUGGGUAAAAAAACCAAAAAGGGAAAGCAGCGGAAGGACACCUACUACCACAAGGCGAAAAUAGCAGGUUUCCGAGCUAGAUCCGCGUACAAGCUCGUCCAACUCAACACCAAGUAUGAAUUCCUACAAAAGUCUCGCGUGUGCAUCGACCUGUGCGCGGCGCCGGGCUCAUGGAUGCAGGUGGCCAAGAAGCACAUGCCGGUGUCGUCCAUCAUCGUGGGUGUGGACCUCUUCCCCAUCAACCCCAUACCAGGGACGCUCUCCAUCGUGGGCGACAUCACCACAGAGAAGGUGCGGCAGGAACUGAAGUCCACGCUGAAGACAUGGAAGGCCGACCUGGUGCUUCACGAUGGCGCCCCGAAUGUCGGUCAGAACUGGCUGCACGAUGCCUACCAGCAGAACCUCCUCGUCCUGCACUCCUUCAAGCUGGCCUGUGAGUUCCUGCAGAAGGGUGGCUGGUUCGUCACAAAGGUCUUCAGGUCCAAGGAUUACUUCAACCUGGAGUACAUCUUCAGGAAGCUUUUUAAGAGGGUUGAAGCCACCAAGCCGCAAGCCUCCCGUUACGAGUCGGCCGAGAUCUUCGUGGUGUGCCAGAACUACCUCAAGCCAGACAAGGUGGACCCGGAAUUCUUCUCCCCCAAGCAUGUCUUCCAGGAGCUUGAUCCAGAACCCAACACCAAGAUCAACAUUCUCAAGCCGGAAAAAACCAAGCAGAAGGCGGAGGGCUAUGCCGAGGGCGCCACAACACUCUACAACAAGGUCCCCGUCUCCAGGUUCAUCAACUCCACGAACUUCAUCGACGUACUGCAAGAAGCCUCGGAGCUCUACUUCGACGACGACAGCAUCAAGAACCACCGCCUCACCACCGAGACCAUCGUCGAGAACUGCAAGGACAUCAAGGUCUUGGGGAGGAAGGACUUGCGGCAGCUGCUCACGUGGAGGAAGAAUCUCAAGGCCGAGAUGAAGAAACUUGAGGAGACAACCGCAGCAGCAGAGGCGAAGGGAGAGGCUGAAACAGAGAAGACCGAGGAGGAGGAGGAGGAAGAGGAGCUGGACAAACUGCAGAAACAGAUCCUGGAGAUGAAGACUGAAAAGGCGCAGGAGGAGAAGCGGGCUCGGAAACGCAAGCUCAAGGAGAAGAAGAAGCUGGAGGAGAAGUUGCGUCUCAAGUCGGUCAUCCCUGGCGACACCGGGCCCGUGGAGACUGGUGGGGACGGACUCUUCAGCCUCGAGAAGCUGUCACAGGUUCAGAAUGUGGACUCGGUGGUGGAUCAGGAGGCGGAUAUCUUGCUGUCGGAGAGUGAGGAGGAGGAGGAGGAGGAAGGGCCCAAAUAUGUGAAGUUUGACAGGAAUUCAAGCCGGCUGGAUAGGACUGGAAGGUAUUACAUGGACGGAGGCAAGAAGGAGAUCGGUGAGGACGAGGUGGAGGAGGAGACGGACAGCGAGGAGGAAGGCUUAGGGCUCAAGGACGGGGCGGUAACGAUGAGCGACGUGGAGAGCGAGGACGACGAGGAGGCCGACAACGUGAACCCCCUGCUGACGGACCUGGUGGGGGACUCAAAGGAGCAGCGGAGGGCACGGAAGGCGGAGAACUGGUUUAGUCAGGAUGUGUUCAAGGGCCUGGAGACGGAGGCGGACGAGGACUACGAGCUUGAGGCGGCCAUGCAGAAGCACAUGUCCAAGGGCGGCAAACUGAGGACCAAGGAACAGCCCAAGAAACCCAAGAAGAAGAAGGAGGAGGCGGAGGUUACCAACGGCAAUGAGUCCGGCUACACCAGCGACCAGUCCGAGGAGGCAGAGGUGGCCCGGGACGCCCCAGACUCGACAGACUCUGAGGGAACCGACUCCGACGACACAGACUCAGAGGACGAGAAAACGCCAGUUGGACCACAGAUGCCCCGGGCUGCUGUGUCUGCUGUGGGGGACGGAAUCAAGACAAAGAAGAGGAAGAGGAACGAGCCGGCCACAGAGCUUGAUCCGGUCGGCCUUGCGCUGGCCACCAAGAUGAUCCACUCCAAGAAGGCCAAGAGGGACAUUAUGGACGCUGGGUGGAACAGGUACAUGAAUGGUGACGAGGACGACCUCCCAGACUGGUUCAGGAAGGACGAGAAGAGGUUCAACAGCAUGCAGGUUACAGUGGAGCGGGAGGACUUGCGGAUGUACCGAGACCGCGGGAAGGACGUCAACGCUCGCACUAUCAAGAAGGUGGUGGAGGCCAAGGCUAGGAAGCAGCGGCGCGUGAAGAGACGGAUGGGGAAGGCGCGGAAGAAGGCGGAGAAUGUGGUCAACAACGCCGAGAUGUCCGAGAAGGAGAAGGCGCAGGAGGUUAAGAAGCUGUACAAGAAAGCCAUGAACCCAAUGAAGAAGAAGGAGGCGACCUACGUUGUCAUGAAGAAGAGGCACGGAGGGAAGAAGCCGAAGGGAACCAAGGGGCCGUACAAGCUGGUGGACAAGAGGCUGAAGAAGGACAAGGAGGGCAUGAAGAAGGCAGAGAAGAAGAAACCGAGGCCGGGGAAUGGAAGGAGAAAGAUGAAUAGGGCAAAUAAACGUUCCAAUAAAUAGAAACAUAGAAGAGGAAGGAGAGGAAGAUGAAGAUAGAGAGAGGAAGAGAAAGACCAAUUAACCGGGUAGCUGCGGGGAUCAUGUUUCUUAAGCGAGAAAAAUGAGAAAAAAUCAUCACUCACGCAAACCAUUUCAUAAUGUAUAUUUAAACGCAUUUGUGAUUAGUUUAUGCGUCAUCUAUUUUUUGGGUUUAUAUCAUGACAAAAAUUUGGCCCAUCGCUGGUACAUGGUAAAGCCACAAAUUUGGCCCAUCGCUGGUACAUGGUAAAGCCACAAAUUUGGCCCGUCGCUGGUACACGGUAAAGCCACAAAUUUGGCCCGUCACUGGUACAUGGUAAAGCCACAAAUUUGGCCCGUCACUGGUACAUGGUAAGGCCACAAAUUUGGCCUGUCACUGCUACCGGGGUAACCAGGAAAAAUGAAAAGGAAUACCAAUGAAUGCUGAAUAAAUGAAUAGAAAAAUAGAUUUGUAGGCUGUGAAGAGAGGAGAAAGGACAGGAAGAGAAGGAGCAAUUAACUGGAAACACUGAAGAGGAAAACUAAUAAGUAUUGAAGAUCUAGAAAGAUAGAUGCAUAGAUCAUAAAGAGAACAGAAAGAGGAGGAAGAGAAAGACAAAUACAUGUUAGAUAAUUAUAAAGAGAAGGUUGGAUACUUUAGCUUUAAGUGUUGAUGAAUAAAUAUAAACUUGUU